UUUCUUUAGCGCGUAGCUCCCUAUAAACACCUCGACGGAAGCUUAUUUGCUUCACAAAACUGAAAACUCCACCGCGCUCCGCCAUUUCACAGUCAAAUUCCAAAGCUACAAUUGCCAAGCCCUAACUCUGUUUCUCUCAGUUGCUUACCUAUCCGCUGCGUAUAGUCAGCAUGAGAACUCGCAAUGCGGACACUCUGAAAUCGGCGGCCGGCAAGAAAACACCGCCGGCGAGGAAAACCACCGCUAAAGCACAACCCGCGGCUUCUCAGUUGGACUUAGAAGCGGCCGCUCCUAAAACUGUGGAGACGAAACGCGUCUCUGCUGCUGACAGAGCUAAGCAAGUCAAGAAGACGGAGACUACACCCCCUACUGCUUCAAACUCUCAAAAAUCAUCAGUUGAGGAGGCUGAGGCAUCAGCUGGUACUGCCAAGGUGACACCAGCCUCUAAAGUUGGUGUAGUGCAUAAAUUAGUUGCGAAAAAAUCGCCUGGGAAAGCUAAUACACCGGCAUCAGCUAAAUCUGUUUCAUCACAUACACGGAAAUCAGGGGGUUCGGUGAGGGCAAAAGUAGAUGCGUUAAACAAGGAGAAAGUGGCAGAUCUCAAGGAUGCGGAGUUCACAAAGAAGAAUCCCAUUUCUGAGGAUGAUGGAAAGUCUGAAAAGGAGGAAAGCCAUGUGGAAUUUGAAGCAUGCACUGUUGAGAAUGUUGGAGAGCCUUCAAGGAAGGAAGAAUCAGCUGUUGGAGGUCAGGAACCAGCUGUUGAGAAGGUUGAACAGCCAACAAACAAACAAAGCGCCAAGGAAGUAGAACCAGAUCCUAGUGAAAAUGAAGAGGAUCCUAUUGAGGAAGAGGAUCCUGUUGAAGAGGAGGGUUCUUUUGAGGAGGAGCAUCCUGUUGAGGAGGUGGAUCCUAUCAAGGAAGAUGAUCCAGUUGAGGCAGAAAAGUCUGUUGUUGGGGAGGUUGGAAAGUCUUCUGAGAAUGAACCAUAUUAUGAUGUAAAAGAGGGAGUGGCAGUGAAAGGAGAUCAGGAGGAGCCAAUGGAUAAUGGUGAUGAAGAGGGGACCCGUGUUGAGGCUGCUAACAAGGUAGAAAAUGUCAAAGAGGGGUUACAAGAAGAAGAUAUUGAGGGUGUAAAAGAUGUGUAUGAUGGUGAUGAGCAGAUGGACGAGUAUGGUGAGAAAGUGGAUCUUGGAGAACAUGGAGAAGAGGAACUUCCAGAGGAUGAUGCAGAGGAUCCUGCAGAAGAAACUGAGACAUUGGAGGAUAAGCAAUUAACAGCCAUUGCAAAUGAACGCAAGAUGAAGAAAGAACGAGAAAUUUUUCUUGGGGGGCUUGAUCGGGAUGCUGUGGAGGAAGAUGUGAGAAGGGUCUUUGAGAGGAUUGGAGGGAUAGUUGAAGUUAGGUUACACAAGAAUACUUCAACUAAUAAGAACAAGGGUUAUGCAUUUGUGGAGUUCGAAAAUAAGGAGCUUGCAAGGCGUGCUUUGUCUGAAAUGAAAAACCCUGUUAUUCGAGGGAAGCGAUGUGGGACAGCACCGAGUGAGGACAACGACACGUUGUUCUUGGGUAAUAUCUGCAAUACAUGGACAAAGGAAGCUAUUAAACAAAAAUUGAAGGAUUAUGGUGUUGAAGGUGUUGAGAACAUAAAUCUUGUCCCAGAUGUUCAACAUGAUGGGUUGAGCCGAGGUUUUGCAUUUGUUGAAUUCUCUUGUCAUGGUGAUGCUAUGCUUGCAUACAAGAGGCUUCAACAGCCCGAUGCUAUAUUUGGUCACCUUGAAAGAACUGCCAAAGUGGCUUUUGCUGAACCUCUACGUGAGCCUGACCCAGAGAUCAUGUCCCAAGUGAAGUCGGUAUUUGUGGAUGGCCUGCCACCUCAUUGGGAUGAGGACCAGGUUAGGGAGCAAUUUAAAUGCUAUGGAGAAAUCUUACGCAUUGUUCUGGCACGGAAUAUGUCUACAGCCAAGCGGAAAGAUUUUGGAUUUGUUGAUUUCUCAACCCAUGAAUCUGCUGUGGCCUGUGUUGAUGGUAUAAAUAAUAUAGAACUGGCAGAUGGAAACGCAAAGAUAAAAGUGAAAGCAAGACUUUCAAAUCCUUUGCCUAAAACUCAGGCUGUGAAGGGUGGAAUGGCCGGUGGAUUUCGAAUUGGUGGUGAUGGUGGUGGUGGUGGUAGUGGUAUCUUUCCAAGAUUCGGGAGGGGUUUUGGUCGCGGUGGACAUCAUUUCAACCGUGCAAAUUUCCAACGUGACAGACAUUUCUAUCAUGGUGGACAAGGUCAAACUGGCAGGAUGGGUUUCCCAAAUGAAUAUGACUUCGAUUACCCAUAUGAUGAGUUUCAUGGACGAGGGGGGAGAAGGGGCCCUUUCAUGGGUGGUCAUUAUCCAUCCGCUGGAGGUUCAUCAUCAAGACCCUACAUAGAUGGACCCUGGCCAGGUGCCCCUGAUAGAGGCUAUGGUAUGCAUAUUCCUCCUAGAAGGCUUCCAUAUUCUCCAGAAGGACAUUUUGGCAGACCGCCAAUGGGGUUUCAUUUUGACAGACCGCCAAUGGGGGGUCAUUUUGACAGACCACCAAUGGGGGGUCAUUUUGACAGACCGCCAAUGGGGGGUCAUUUUGAUGAACCUUAUUUUUAUGAUGAUAACACACAAGGAAUAAAACGUCCAUUUCAUAUGAGAGACUAUGAUUAUGAUUACUUGGAGCCUAGUAGACGUCGCCCACGGUUGGAUUAUACUGAUCCAACAGCUUCAUUCCGCGGAAACCAUUAUAGUGAUACUUAUGGAGCUGGCAGUAGUCUCUACUCUCCUGAUUUUUAUGGUCCUGAAUAUCAUUCUGGUCCAUAUUCAUCUUAUUAUGGGAGGAAUCACUCAUAUAGAGGAGGCCACUACUUUUAGACUCGAGAACUUUUUGGUGGCCAUGGAUCUGCACGCAGGAUGUAAUUUAUCAAAGAUGGGCAAGUGGAUUGCUGUUAGAAAGAAGUUGAAUAUUUCUUUCACCUCUCUGUCUUCAUCCUACUUUUCCUCAUUCUCCAUCUAUCUUCUUUACUUGUUAGUUGCCUGUUUAGUUAAAUUUGGGUAGGAUUUCCGAAGUUUUGAUGUUUGUAGUUUAGGUAGUCUUUCAAGGACCCCUGACUUAGAAACUUAGUAAUUGUUUGUAUGGCAGAGGUUGGAAAAGAUUUACUCAUCUUACCCUAGGAAUGGACAACUCGAUGAACUCUGUUAUGGUUCUUUUGAAGCUAAGAUGCUUUUUCGAGCCCUAUCUAUAAAUAACGGCAUGGGCCAUUUGUUUGUUGAUUACA